AGGAGGCAUGCAUGCUUGGAAGAGUACGGAAUUUCAAAACAUGGAAUGGUAAGGUAGUAAACAAAUGUAACCGCGUUUGUGGUACUGCGAUUCAAGUGAAUCAAAAAGCGGAAAUUUAAAGGCCUGAAAAACCGCGUUUCAUGAUCUUGUGAAGUCCUAUAUUUUUCGAUUCAUGUGAUCUAAUCAUUAAGAGAUCACGAACGUGCGUACACGGUGGGACACGGGAUUCGAUUCCUGUAAAUCUAAAUCUUGACUUCGCGAAGAAGACGCCUCUUCUCGCUGACUCGACGAUGGAGCUCGGCGAACUGGAGCGAUCCGUCAAGCGACUGGGCGCUGUGCUUGAUGAGUUUCCGAUCGGCGCGAUCUCGCUGGACGACUUCAAGCCGAUCGAGGUGAAGAUCCGGGAGACCAGGGAGUCGUUAAAACACCUGAAUGCCAGGUCGUUGAUGCUUAAAGCAAAGUACAAACAACAUGUCGACGCUGAACGCGAAAGGAGCGAGGAUGACGUCGAUGAUGCAUUGCUGAAUGCGGUGAGUGACAGUUUGCUAAAUGCCAAAGCUGCUAAGUUGUGCCUUCACAGCACCACUAUUGAAUCCAUUCUCACCAAUAAGGAAGGCAGUGCUGAGGACCGAAAGAAGCUCUAUACCUACAUGAAUAAACUGUUCACUCUCAAUGACAAUGUUAUGGCUAUUCAGAAGGAUAUUGAGAAAGCAUCUCAGGAGCAGCUGGACCUAAAAAUCGAAUGUCAGAAGGCACUGUUUAACCACAAAAAUUUCCUCAAGGAGCAGGAGCGGCUGCAAAGUGAAAGAUUGCAGAAGACAUAUCCUGCAAUUGUAGAAAAUAAAGAUAAAAUGGAAAAAACCAUACGGAAAAUAAAUAUAAUGAAGAAACUUAUUAGGAACUUUAUAGCGAUAUCUGGACACAUGUUAGAAAAGGAACCGAUAUUAGUGGAAAUGUUGGAAAGACAUAGGGACUUGUUGAAUGUCGAAAUGAUAAUAAAAAUGUUGCAAAGUAACGAAGAGAGAGAGAAAGACGGAGAAUAAAAGAAACCUCAAGGAGGAAGUACGCAGAAAUUUUCAUUAAGAAUGUUUUUUUUCCUCUUUCUUACUCGCUAAACGCGAUAAACACAACACAUAUUUACAAGAAUAAGCUUCCACGCAAGUCUCAAUGUCUUUUUCCUCUUUGUCUUUUUCUCCCACAUUCUUUUUUCUUUUUAAAGAUCUAUUAAAGCGCCCUGUCAGACGGUUUCGUAUAAGUCAAUCGUUAAACAAAGCAUAAUGUGUUGUAAUUUAAGUUAAAAAUUAUGGUAGUAAUCACAGCUUACUUAUAUUUAGUAAAAUCGCUAUAGGGGGAGAGAGAUAUACAUAUCCAUUUCAUUAGAAUCUGUAUAGUUGAGAUUUUCGUUUUUUUUACGCAUAAUUAUAAUUUGUGUUAUAAUAAUUAUCAUUGCAUAAUGAUAAAAUGUAAAUGUAAGAUAGUUUCUCUUUUCAUGGUCCGAUAUAUAUACAAUAUAUCAU